CACUGCAUUGUUGAAUGUCAUCAGCAGGUCUGGAGCAGCUGUGAGCGUCUGAAUCACUGGAGAAACAUGGGGGAAGAGGAGACGCUGUCAUCGGAACAGAAACAAGCAGAAACCGGCAUCUGUACACCCGAUGAAUCAAUAGUAUGGAGUCAAGAAGUAGAAGUGUGUCUUUUCCACGCCAUGCUGGGUCACAAACCUGUUGGAGUGAAUCGUCAUUUCCACAUGAUCUGUAUUCGUGAUAAGUUCAGUCAGAACAUCGGUAGACAGGUGCCAUCUAAAGUAAUCUGGGAUCAUCUCAGCACCAUGUAUGACAUGCAAGCGCUGCACGAAUCAGAAAUACUCCCCUUUCCAAACUCAGAAAAGAACUUUGCGCUCCUUGAAGAGAUCAUACAAGACGUCAAAGAAGGUAAAGUGGAAUCUGAAGAUGACAUGAAAGAGGAAUUCAAAUUAGAGAGUGACCCUCCUGCUACCCAUGAAGAAGGCAGCAAUUCCUCCAUGAAAAGCAGCAGGCGCGAGAAAGAGAGAGAGCGGACCGAGAGGGGGGGAUCAGGUGAGACGGGCAGCGGGUCCAAAGAAUCAGCCGGAGACAAGAGGAAGAGGAACCGAGCCGUGGAGAAGGUGACGAUCUCCAGCAAUCCCUCCAGCCCUGGAGGAGCCAAGCGCCGCAGGACGUAGACCUAAAGUCUUGGACCACCAGACAUUUGCAAAGACUGACCAAAAGUGUUCAGAAAGAUGUAGCUAAUAUUACUGGUCAUGGUAGAACCAAUGUGAAAGUGACAUGAUGUGCAGAGAAUAUCUGAUGUUCUGGUGCAUUUUCUUCAAUCCGGGUGUGUACACUUUAAGCAUUCUGAGCUGUACCUUGAAAGAAACAGCAGAAAUAUAGAGAAAGGAAAGCCUUUGGUGGUCAUGUAGGAUCAGACUAGACCGAUGGGGAAAGACAACUAAUACGUUUUCCUCAGCUGAGUUUGGCAACAGGGCUGUGUUAUGUCCUGUAUUAAAUGUUUUUAAAGAUUGUUUUAGAGCGAUAGCUUCAUUUUUCUGUCAUAGUCGAGCCAAUGUUUUUGGGAUGGACCAGAUAAUUAACUAGUGUAUUUUGCGACUUACACUUUAAACAAGGUAGUCUUGUGUUAUUAACUGUAUGAAAUGGCAUAUUACCAGACAGUCAUUGAUCAAAUGCUUACAAAAUAGUGCUUGAUAUUUGCACUAUUUCUGAGUAAUUUGUUGUAUUGUUUGUUGUAAAAAUGUGGUGUAUUUCCCUAAUUUAAAACAGUUAUGUAGAUCACUGUUCUGCUGUAUUUCAUCUUAAAUUUCAGUCCCAAGAAUGGAGAGUUUAUUUAAUAAUGCCCUACACUCUUAAAAAGUGACAAUUAGGAAGGCUAUAUAUAUACAUCAUCACCUGAUAUUCAUAGUAGCCUGUAGGGGUGAUGAAGGCAGUCUUCCACUUGUCCACCUCUCAGAUGUGAAUGAGAUUAUAUGCGCUCCUUAGAUCAAGCUUUGUAAAGAUGGUCACACCUCUCAGGGUCUCUAGAGCAGCAGACACCAAGGGGAGAGGAUAUUGUAUUGAAUUAUGGCAUCAUUAAGUGAGCAGUAGUCAAUAUAGGGCCUCAAUCCACCAUCUUUCUUAGCCACAAAAAAGAAACUGGAAGCUGUGGGGGAAUUGGAUGGACGAAUGUUACCCUGUUUGAGUGCUUUGUCAAUAUACUCCUCCAUGACCUUUUGUUCAGGUAAGGACAGUGGAUAGAACCUUCCCCGCGGUAGUAGUGCACCUGGCAGCAAGUCAAUGGCACAGUCGCAGGUGCGGUAAGGAGGUAGCUGAGAGGCUCGUUGGGGACUGAAAACAUUGCUGAAAUGGCCAUACUCAGGAGGUAUGGAACGGGGAUGGUUCAUGGUAGGACUCUCAAUGGAGGUGGUGUGGACAGACAGAGCGACUGAUGAGGGAGAGGGGCGUGAAGUAGCUUGACAACGUAGAGGGAGAGAAAGACAGACAUGAAAACAUUGAUUUCCCCAUGCUUGGAUCUCACAGGAAGUCCUAAACAGGACAGGGGAGUGCUGAACCAGCCAGGGCCUGCCAAGAACAAUGUGGGAGGUGGAGCCAUCGAAGAUGAGAAGUGGAAGGUUUUCAGUAUGAAGGGCACCAGUUUGUAGUGUGAGGGGCUCAGUACGAUGGGUGAAUUGUCCUUUACACAAAAUUUUCCCCAUUACGGACAGGAUGGGUAGGGGUGUGGGACAUGGGAUUUGGUGAGGCGGAGCUCUCUGCAGAGUGUUCGGUAGAUAAAAUUUCCAGCUGUACAGGAGUCAACAAAGGCCUCUACCAUAACAGAAGUGUCUGCAUAGUAAAUCAGUAUGUUAAUACUUAAUGGUGAGUGAAUCACAGGGGUGCACUGAAUAUAACUCACCAUCAUACGAGGGGACACCAGAUGACACCAGAUGAAUUUGCAGAAAUUGAGAGCAUAAUCCGUAAUGGUUCAUUUACCCUGUCUGAGUUGAUGUAACUGUUCGGCAGUGUGGGAAUUGCAGACAGCACAAGCAAAGACUUCCUGAAAGUAUGACAUAAAGGAAUCAAUGGAUUGGGUUACCAGGCCUCUCUGUUCCAAGAUGAUUGUGGCCCACUGUAAUGCUCGCCUGGACAAAAGGGAAACGAUGAAGGCUACUUUCGAGUGUUCGGUGAGGAACCGGUGCUGUUGCACUGUAGCAGAAAGCCGCGACAUGCUAUGGGACCAUAUGAACGAUCGUCGGGUGAGGAUGUUGAUAUUGGAAUAGUGGAGGGAUUUCCUGAGGCAUCACUGGAGGAAUGAGCUUCAGACUGCUCACCUUGUACAUGGCUUGUGGAGGCUGCGGGUGAAGCUGUGAGUGAUCGGUGCAUCUGCUGAACCAGGGCUUGUCUGUGGUUUGCUGGAUUUCUGAUCCCGCUGGACAGGGGUGGACUGGCCAUAUGGAGAACCGAGACUUUUCCCAGUGGCCUGGCCAUGAAGCUCCAAAUAUAAACAAAUAUAAAUGAAUAACAUUUGCACAUUUAUAUUUCGUAACAACACAGUCGCAGUUGUGAGAAAUAAAUUGACAAUUGUGAGAUAUAAAUUCACAAUUAUUAUAAAAAGCCAAUUGCAAGAUAUACAUUCACAACUGUGAGAUAUAAAAUCACUAUUGUCUAAGGCAUAAUUCUUAAGUGCAAGAAGUAAAGUCACAAUUGCAUGACAAAGUUGCAGUUACCUCUUAAGUCACAGUUGUGAGAUGUAGAUGCAAUUGUAUAAUAAAAAGUUAUUUAUUUAAAUCUAGACAGGCCCCAUUUCCAGCAGCCAUCACUCAGACACCUUAUCUUUGAGUAAUCAUGCUAAAUUGCUACUAGAAAAUCACUUGCCUUAAUAUCAAACACAGUUGAAAGAUAUUUGCUUUGUUAAAUUAAGCUUAACAUUGUCUUUGUUUUUGAGUUGCCACAGUAUGCAAUAGACUGGCAAGUCUUAAGGUCAAUAGUAGGUCAGAAAUGGCAAAAAAGAAACAACUUUCUCUAGAAACUCUUCAGUCAAUCAUUGUUUUGAGGAAUGAAGGCUAUACAAUGCUUGAAAUUGCCAAAAAUCUGAAGAUUUCAUACAAAGGUGUAACUACAGUCUUCAAAGACAAAGGACAACUGGCUGUAACAAGGACAGAAAGAGAUGUGUAAGACGAGAUGUACAACUAAACAAGAUUAUAAGUACAUCAGAGUCUCUAGUUUGAGAAAUAGAUGCCUCACAUGUCCUCAGCUGACAGCUUCAUUGAAUUCUACCCACUCAACACCAGUUUCAUGUACAACAGUAAAGAGAAGACUCUGCAGGCCUUAUGGGAAGAAUUGCAAAGAAAAAGCCACUUUUGAAACCGAAAUCAAAAAGAAAAUGUUCGAGUGGGCAAAGAAACACAGACAUUGGAAAAGAGUGUUAUGGAUCUUAACCCCACUGAGCUUUUGUGGGAUCAGCUAGACUGUAAGGUGUGUGAGAAGUGCCUGACAAGACAGCCACAUCUAUGGCAAGUGCUACAGGAAGUGUGGGGUGAAAUGUCACCUGAGUAUCUGAACAAACUGACAGAUAGAAUGUUAAGGAUCUGCAAAGCUGUCUUGCUGCAUGCGGCUGAUUUUUUUUAUAAGAAUUCUUUGAAGAAAUUUAAGAAGUUCUGAAAAAAAUUGUUUUUUCAAAUUGUAAUAGUAAUUUUUCACAUUAUUAUUUGUCCUGACUAUACAUUGUGAUGAGUUGAAGGCCACUUUGGUUAAUAAAAGUACCAAUUUCUCUCCAUAAGAGCAAAAUCUGUAUGUUAUUCCAA